GUAGCCCGCUGGGGGAGCUGGAGUCGCGGCGCCUGCUGCUGCUGCACCAGCAGCCGCAGCAGCCGCACUCACAGCUGCUUUCGUCGCUGGGCGGGGGGCUGCAAGAUGACCUGGCGGCCAGGAUCAACGAGCGCCGCGCUGCCCUGAUUCGGCAGCAGCUGCUGCAGCACCCGCACCGCCCCCUGCCACACCCCCACCUGCCGCUGCUGCACAAGCAGCCGCCCGCGCCGCCCGCCCAGCAUCACCCGCACACCCGCCACCUGCAGCACCAGCUGCCGCUGCAAGACCCCUCAAUGCUGCAGGAGCCCCCCGUCCCUCUGGGCCCCUUCGGUGACGUGGCGCUGCUGGGUCUCACCCCCUCGGAGCAGCUGCAGCUCAGGAUGCUGGCAGCGGGGCAGGGGCCUGGAGGGGGGCGGGGCAGCAUGGAGGAGGU